CCCUGCGGAGACUUGGGGCCGCUCAUGCUUGGAGUGACUGGUCGUGGUGACCGGACAGGCUGGCGAUCAAGGGAUGGAUUCGGUGCGGAAAAGCGCGCGGGGUCGCGCGGAGAGCCCACCGGACAGGAAGGUUUAUAUGGACUACAACGCCACCACACCUCUGGAGCCCGCAGUCAUCCAGGCUGUGACAGAGGCCAUGAGAGAAGCCUGGGGCAACCCCAGCAGCUCCUAUGUGGCAGGUAGGAAGGCCAAGGACAUUAUAAACACAGCCCGGGCGAGCCUGGCCAAGAUGAUAGGGGGGAAGCCGCAGGACAUCGUCUUUACUUCCGGGGGCACCGAGUCGAAUAAUUUAGUAAUCCAAUCUAUGGUGAGAUACUUCCAUGACCAGCAGACCCUGAAGGGGCACGUAAUUGACCAACACAGUCCUGAAGAGGGGGCCAGGCCCCAUUUUAUUACUUGCACGGUGGAACACGACUCUAUCCGACUGCCCCUGGAGCACCUAAUGGAAGAGCAGGUGGCAGAGGUCACUUUUGUCCCAGUGUCGAAGGUGAGCGGGCAGGCAGAGGUUGAGGACGUCCUGACGGCUGUCCGCCCCACCACAUGCCUCGUGACCAUCAUGCUGGCUAACAAUGAGACUGGCGUCAUCAUGCCUGUCCCUGAGAUCAGCCGACGUAUUAAGGCCCUGAACCAGAGCCGGGUUGCCUCGGGCCUGCCCCGAGUCCUCGUGCACACAGAUGCUGCCCAGGCACUGGGGAAGAGGCGAGUGGAUGUGGAGGACCUGGGUGUGGACUUCCUGACUAUCGUGGGGCACAAGUUCUACGGUCCCAGGAUUGGUGCUCUGUAUGUACGAGGGGUCGGUAAACUUACCCCCCUGUACCCCAUGCUGUUUGGAGGUGGACAAGAGCGGAAUUUCAGGCCAGGGACCGAGAACACACCAAUGAUAGCUGGCCUCGGGAAGGCUGCUGAGCUCGUGAGUGAAAACUGUGAGGCUUAUGAGGCCCACAUGAGAGACAUCCGGGAUUACCUGGAGGAGAGACUGGAGGCUGAAUUUGGUAAGAGAAUCCACCUAAACAGCCGAUUUCCAGGGGUGGAGAGGCUUCCCAACACCUGCAACUUCUCCAUCCAGGGGUCCAAGCUUCAAGGAUACAUGGUGCUUGCACAGUGCCAGACACUGCUGGCCAGUGUGGGAGCUUCAUGCCACUCAGAUCAUGAAGACCGGCCAUCCCCAGUGCUGCUGAGCUGCGGGAUCCCCGUGGAUGUGGCCCGAAAUGCACUCCGCCUCAGUGUGGGCCGCAGUACCACCAGGGCCGAAGUGGACCUCAUUGUGCAGGACCUGAAGCAGGCUGUGGCCCAGCUGGAGAGCUAGGGCUAGGGCUAGCAGCUGUUCUGUCCCUCGGGGGCCAGCUGAACUUUGGCCACUAGAUCCAUAGGAAACCCCCUGUGAAAGUUCCUGGCCCUAAGUUGUCCCCUCUCAAGAGCUGCAGUCAGACAAGUGUCCUGCUCGGGGGCAGAGGAAUGAGGGCUGCCUGUCACACAGAACCCCACUCCAGCCCCGUCCUUACAGGCUCAGGACACCAGUGCCACAUAGGACUUCCCCGUCACCUCCUGCCAAAGCAGUGUGGGAACGGAAAUGUUCCAAGUGUGGGGCAGCCUGUCGGGGACUACUGGCCCCAGAAAUCACUUUGGCCUGAAGAUAAAAUCCAGUCUCUGUCCAUUAUCACUUAGCUGCUGUCGGGGAAAAUAGGAAACCUGGUUUUGUCUUCACCCAUGGCCUCUCCUGUGUUCCCACAGAGCCUCCCCAUGCCGCCCUCCUCUGGCCUCUGCUGUCACUGCCCUUCUGUCUCCCAGGCCGAAUGAUCCUCCAGACGAAGCCUCAUGCCUGGCAGGCCCUUCCUUUUCCCUGGAGGUCACAGUUCACCUUGCCACAUGUCCUCUCCCUUCCUUCUACUCAGGGAUUCAACCAAUGUGGCUGACAGGGGGGCUGGUGUCUGAUCUUAGUCUUGGCCAAAGUGGGAGAUUUGAUCAUUUCUCACCCAGCUUUAAUUUUAAUUUUCCAUGCAAAGGUUUCUGCCAUCUUGAGGAUGUGGCACACAUUGUACCAGUAUUUACAUAGGCAUAUCUUCUUGAAUGUUCUUAGCAUGUGGGUCUAUGGUCCAAAGGAUGACACACUUGUGGAAAUUAAAUGAACUAAUAAACUAUGUCUGAGA